AUGAAGCAUGUCCAACCCGAUUUUCGGGCCCCGGCCUCUCGAGAGACGGCAGAUCUACAUACACCACCAACGCUACGUCCCCUAUUCGAUCUCUUGAAAACCGCAUUACAAAAAACGGACCACGGGGACGCGAAGCUGGUUAUCCUGGACGAUAUCGCAACUUUGGAGUGGAUAGGUUUCUCGUUGCUUGAUGUUAGCAGGUUUGCGCGUGUGUUACGGGUUGCAUGUUUGAAGGCCAAAGCUACUCUGAUCAUUCGCCAUCACGUCGUUACGCCUGGGGAUCCUGAUGAUUUGUUUCGACACCUGCUGCAAAUGUGCACACAUCAUUUGGAUGUAACGCCUCUUGGUAGUGGACGGAGUGGGGCUGUCAGUGGAGAGGUUGCGUUGCAUUUGGGACCUUCUACUCCAGCUGGUGGUGGUGUCAAGUUGAUUCCUCGUAGUGUGGCGCUUCAGUAUAAGCUGGCUGAUAAUGGGCCUGUGUUUUUUCAGCGGGGAACUGGGGGUGGGGUUUUGUAG